AUGGCUUUUGCCAACUAUGCUGCGGUGUUCCGAUCUCUGCUUUUGGUGCUGGUUCUAGCACUCACCGUAAGGAGCUCACCCCAUGGGAGGGCAACUCAUCCUCGACCUAGCAGGGACAGUGGCUCUGUGAGGCUUCGAGAAGGUUGCCUGAACCAAAAAGAUCUCAAAUUCCCUACCACGGUGAAAGUUGACAUUCGUAUCAGCAAUUCAGAUCAUGGGUUUAGGAUGGUCCACGAUGUCAGGAACCGCUCUCUCGCUCCUUGGGACUACAGGCUUGACGAGGACCCCAACCGCUUCCCCCAGGUGAUCGCUGAUGCCAAGUGCCGCCUCACUGGCUGUGUGAACGCAAUGGGGCAGGAGGACCACAGUCUCAACUCCGUCCCCAUCCAACAGGAGAUCCUUGUCCUCCGGCGGGAGCAGCGGGGCUGCCUGCCCACCUAUCGCCUGGAGAAGAAAGUCAUCACCGUGGGCUGCACGUGUGUCACUCCAGUUGUCCACUACCAGUCCUAG